AUGUUCCGUAGAUCUUUUCAUUCUAAUAGAGUGUUAGCUGAGAACUUGUGGUCGGAUUUUACUAAAAGAAGCAAAUCUUAUGGUAUUAAGAAUGAAGUUAUAAAAAAAUAUAUCCUAGAAGGUAAUCCAACUUUAAGCCCACCAUCCAUUAAACGAAGAUCGAAUAGAAUAAAAUACCGUUCGCCGGAAUUCAUCGAUGAUAUUUUUAAAACUUCUUAUGAAUAUUUGGCCGCUCAAGCUAAGAGCAAGUUAGACUCGAUGGAAAAGGAAACGGACGCGAUUAAGAAAGUUGAUCUCCUUGUCGAGUCUGAAAUCAACAAUCCGGAGAUGCAGUAUAAUUUUCAAUAUAACGACAAGCUAGAGAAUAAUCCAGAGGUGAUAGAUUACAAUGAACCUGUGUACAGGCAUCUAGGCCGUAAACAUUGGGAGUCUUACGGGCAAAUGUUGCUAAUGCAGCGACUUGAAACACUUGCUGUUAUUCCGGACACUCUGUCUACUUUAAAACCUGUAGCUGAGGUGAAUAUUAGAUUCCCAUUUAGCACUGGUGUCAAUAAGUGGAUUGAACCUGGUGAGAUUUUGAGUUCCAAUGUAACUUCUACAGAGCCUACCAUCAAGAUCCAGGAAUAUGACCAUCAUAUAAACCCUUCAGAACAACUGUACACUAUUCUGGUGGUAAACCCAGAUGAGCCAGACUUGGCAGCGGAUUCCUUUACAACAGUUCUAAACUUUGGCUUAAAGAAUAUAAAACUCUCAUACAAUGACAAUAUCGUAGAUCCACGCAGAUACUCGAAAGACAAUGUAAUUGCACCUUAUAUCCCUCCAGUUCCAGAAAAGAAUGCUGGAAAACAGAGAUUUGCUGUAUGGGUAUUUAGACAGAGCAAGCCAAUACUUCCGGAUCAGGAAUCAUUACCUAGAAGUAACUUCGACAUAAGGUCAUUCGCUGCUGAGAACGACUUAACACCAAUCGGAGCCCACAUAUGGAGAUCAGAGUGGGAUUCAAAUGUUGCCAACGUCAGAGAGAAAUAUAAGUUAGGCAAAGGUAGAGUUUUCCACAGAGUCCGUAGAUAA